AGUAAUAAACAAAUAUCUACGUAUGAUGGCAUGAAGCAAAAGAAAAUUCAGAGUUCAAACAAAAUUGAGAAAGAAUUUAAAAAAUACGUUGGUGUAUGUGUACAUCGGGUUCUGUCACCGAAAAUCAUAUCACUGCCGGAUUCACCCCACCCCACUGAACUCCUCGUUUUCCGCUCGCUCCAGUAUUUGCCCUGCUGUGUUAUCUGCUAUCCAUCUACUACAAUUAUACUCGAUCAAGGUCCGGUGAGAUUUCGAUUUCGGAACCAGCCGUUUUUUAUCCAAAGAUUCAGUUUACUGGUUUCUAAUUAACUUUUGUGCUCACAGAACCUUUGAAAUUUAGGGUUCCGUUUAUUGUGUAUAACUCAUCCCAGACUCUUUUUGUGUAACUUUUACUGUUUAAGUCUAUUGGAAAGUCGAGCUAUUCAGUAGUGUGGUAAUAUGGUUCGUAUUUGAAACUAAAAGUUGUUUUUGAUAACUAAUAUACGGACAAAAUUGCAGCCGCUAUGCCGUAUUUUAUAUGGACUUUUUUGUUGUGUUGAAGAAGAAUUUGUUUGUUCUUGACACGUUAGAGCGGGAAAUGCGGUCAAGAUUUUGAAAUAGUGAACGUUCGGGCUAGGCAUAUAAAAGUGAGGAAGUACUUUGCAGUUAUUCAUUACUUGGCCUGGGACCUGGGUUUAUAGGAGAGCCAGAAUUGGAUUGGUUUGUCAAUCCGAGCUCCAGAAGUCUUCAGGCAUCUUGUAUUCCAUGGAUACUAACAGAACUUCUGAUGAGAAGUCCGAAAGCAGGCUCUAUGUUGGUAACCUGGAUCUUAGGAUUUCAGAGGCGGCCUUGAUUAAAAUGUUUUCACCAUUCGGAAAGAUAAUUUCUGAAGACUUUCUAUGGCAUACUCGUGGGCCCAAACGUGGGGAGCCACGUGGUUAUGCAUUUGUUCAGUUCAGUACCAAAGAGUGAGCAUGCAGGAAGCUCAACUUGCCAAGGAAAAGAUGCACGCAAAGUUGGUUUGUGGGCGCCCAUUGAGCAUCCGUCUUGCCAGUGAAAAGUUAUUGAUGGAAGGUGCAGAAAAUCCUCCCAAAGCAGUAGGCGUGGCAGUCAAAUCUUACCUCUCUGGAGGUUCAUCAUCAACACGGAUGAGUCGUGGUGCCAAAAUAGCUGCAAUAAAGAACAAACUGAAGUCAAUGGAAGAGGAAGUCGGCCACAGUUCAAAACGUCACAAACCAGAAGACAGUUUGCAAUAGUUCGCAUUUUAUUACUAUAUAGGACGGGGUUUAACUCCCUAGACAUGCCAUAAGAUUUGUGCCUCUUACAAACAUCUGCUGAUUUUAGGCUCUUUAUUUCAAAGGAAGUCAAGUUCUUCGCUGUGUACUAUAUGCAACAAUUAUGAUUUUCAUUUCAUUUAAUUUGUAUUUUGGUAGAGUAGAGUUAACUUCAAAAGUUUCAAAUAAAGAAAUUGGGGCAUUAUAUCA